UCAAGUAGUAUAUUUCUGAAUCUAGCAAGUGGCCACAUUGAAAUAGACAAUUCAUUGACAAAUAUUUACAGCUAGAAGGAAAACAAUAAAUUGUAGUUUUUAAGUUUUAUAGACUCAGACUAAAGCAAUAAACAAAUCAACAAGAUGGGCAAGGGUUUCAACAACUACAUGUGUAAGAAAUUCUUCCACCCUGCGUCCAGAGACAACCUGAAGCGGGUAUGGAUGGCCGAGCAGCAAGCGGAGGCGUACAAAAAGAAGCAGGAGGAGCUGCGCACACAGUACGAAAAGGAACAGAAUCUGCACGAGAACAAGGCAAUGCUCAGCAAGGAUAGCAAGGACAAGUUGAGCGUCAAUUUUAUGUACGAACCGCCGCCAGGCGUUCGCAAGGAGCGUGAAAAGGACGACAACGAACCGGAGUACAAAUUCGAAUGGCAGCGCAAGUACAAUGCACCCCGUGAAUCCUAUUGCAAAGGCGACACGGAGAUCCGAGAUCAACCCUUUGGCAUCCAAGUGCGCAAUGUGCGUUGUCUUAAGUGCCACAAGUGGGGACAUAUCAACACGGACAAGGAGUGUACCAUGUACAGCAUAUCGAUGAGCGAGGCACGUAAACUACACUCGGAAUCAGAGGCCAACGAUAUUAUGUCGAAGAAUGUGCUCGAAGAGCAAAUGAAAGAGGACGGAUUGAUGAUGAAAAAGUCUGCUCAGGAACUGCAGAGUAUCAAAGACGUGCAGCAGCGGCAUCAGCUGGUGCCCAGCGAUGAGGAAGACGAGGAGGCAACACAUGCGGCCCGUCAACAGAAUCCUGAAUUGCUGUUUCUCAAGUCACUGAGUAAGAAGCAGAAACUGAAGCUGCUGAAGAAACUGGAGAAGAUUGAGCGCAUGAAACGCAAGGGCGAGAAAAAGUCCUCGAAACCAAAUAAAAAGAAGACCAAAAAGAGGGACAGUAAGGACGUCAAAAAGAAGAAAAGCAAAAGAUCUACAGAGAGCAGAAGCGAUACCUCCUCUUCUUCAUCAUCGUCCUCAUCUUCUGACUCCGAGAACGAAGCGUCCAAUCGUCAAAAAACCAAUCGAGAGAGAUCUCGCUCCCGCAGCCACCAGAGAGAAAAUCGUAUCAGCCGACGCAAUGACUCGAAGGCCGCUGAGGAUACCCACAAACGUAGCAGGGACAACCAUCGCAGCAAUGGACAUCGUGACAGAUCACGCAGUCAUCACAGAGAGGAGCGACGUUCCCGAGAAAGACGUCAGCGUUCCCGCAGUCCAGAUAAUCGUCGGGACCGAGAGCGUCGGGAGCGCGAUAGGCGCUAGUGUUAAGAAGCAUUUACAUUUUUAUAAUCAAACCGGUAAAAACCCGCCAAUAUAACAUUUUAAAGUUUUUAAAUUAAAUCUGACAAUAUUGUCUUUUAUCUGCA